GACAGUUCCCUAUUACACCAUCAUGUCAAAGAUAUUGGACAAAGAAAUUUGAUAGUGUAAUACCGGCUUAAGGCUACGGUCACAGUGGCUCCGAUAUCGUUCGGAUUCCGCCGACGGCCAGUCUUUUCAUUACGGCGCGCUCGCACUACAGCCGAUCGUAUCUCCCAAACGUACAGUCUUCGGACGACAAUUGAUGAAAUUAUUCGGUCAAAUCGACCGACGUUCUCGCACGCGAAAUAUAGAGCGCGAGAAACUGGUGCUGGAAAACUUAGUUGAGAAGUGCUCCAGAAUACGCACACUACGGAUAUCGAACGAACUGCUGAAGUCUGAGAAAUUUUCGGAGGCAGUGUCAUGCCUACAGGACCUCCGUGCGCUGGAGGUGGCAAUGAACUUAAAGGAACCCAUUCCUGUGCUGCGACCUUUGGGUGACGGGUGCCCGCGACUAGCAGAGGUUGACUUUGGGUACACAACUUUUGAUAUGGAUGAUUUGAAAUACUUCUUGAACGCCAAGAGGAACACCAUUAAGUGCAUACGCAUAAAUUCGGAGGCAGUGAUUGGAAAACGGUGUGUCCUACCAUUGCUGACAAUUUGUGCUGACAGCUUGGAACGGCUGCAUCUUUAUGAUUUAGACUUAAGCCACAGUGAGGUGAGGGAGGCAUUUACUGCACUGAGAAGCCUGAAGAACUUGCAAGAACUUGAGAUGUGGGUCUGCAGUCCUGAACCGCUUGAUAAAAUUACUAUGGUAUUUAAGAAUGGUGGGCUGCCAAAACUGAGGCUUCUGAAUCUACGAGCAGGUCGCAGCCUGGACGAUAGGACUGUAAUUGCCAUCAGCCAUGGUUUCCCCACUUUACGGGAACUCUGCAUCAGACAUUCUGAACUACUGUCUGAUGCUGCAUUCUCACAGAUCUGCCAUCUGGAACACCUUGAAAGAUUGGACGUGUCAGGUUGCACAGGUCUCGGUGGGGCGUUUGUCCCCUACCUCGUCAGGCUACCACAACUUCACACGUUGGUCUUGGAGGAACUGGAGUUUCCGAAGCUGCAACCGGGUCUGAGCAGUAUCCUCGAAUUGUCCGGUUUGCGCGCACUGUCACUCAGCUGGUCCCUUGUUACUGGAAUGCCAUUUGAUAGAUUUCCAGGAAAUCUUGUCAGUCUCAGGGAGCUGACUGUACACUGGUGCAGAGGUGACCCUAAAGCCACAGAGGGGCUGACUGAGCAGAUGCCCAAGCUUAAAAUUCAUGGCUACUUUGAAGAUGGGGAGCCAGACAGCGACAGUGAUAAUAGCAGCAGCAGUAGCAGCAACAGCAGCAGUCAUCUUGAGAGUGAUGAUGAUGAAAGUAAUAUAUCUGUCCUCUUUCUAGAGAAUGUAUAA